AUGCUUUCACCAAACUUAUUCGUCCUCGUUCUACUCUCUCUCGCGGGUCAUGCCACGGCGACAUUCCCCACCGUCUGCCCCGACCCAGCCUUGUCGAGUUCAAACACCACCAAUGGCGUCUGCGUACAAGACUUCAAAAUCAUCGGCGGUGCUCUCGAGGCGGUUCAUGAGAGCACGCACGCACCAACGGGUCUGGCAGUCGACCUUGAAGAGAAUAUCUACCUGACCUAUCCGCGCAACUUUGAAAACGCAACCAACGCGGUGACAAUAGCAACCAGUUUCGCCGAUGAGGAGCCAUGGCCGUCAGCUGAGAUCCAAAACUGCCAACCGGGCCAGAACGUGUCGGAAUGCUUCAUCAACGUGCAGAACCUGGUACUGGAUGCCCAUGGGCAGCUGUGGGUCCUCGACAGUGGCAUUCCGUACAAGACGACCGCACCUGCAGUCGCAGGAGGCGCGAAGAUCAUGCAGUUUGAUUCAACUACGAAGGAACUGGUCAGCACAUAUUUGUUCCCGGAUGACAUCUUAUCGAGCGGGACGAAUCUCAACGACUUGCGCAUCAACAACACUGCCGGAACCGGUGGCUUCGCUUUCCUCACGGAUGCGUCAGUGAAGGGUGGAAUCCUGGCCGUUGAUCUCGCCACGGGCGGCGUUGUGAAGAGGUUGGCAGGGCAGGCUGUUGUGAUGGCAGACCCCGGAUACGUAGGCUCGUACAACGGCGAGCCGAUCUACUGCUGGAACGGGACGGCAAAGUCAUUCUGCACCACCUCGUCGGAUGGCAUAGCCCUCCAGGGCGGGCAUAUUUACUGGGGCGUUCUGUCUUCCCGGCGGUUCUACUAUGUUUCCCAGGAGACCUUGCAGAACUUCGACGCCACGGACGACGAGGUACUUGCGGCGGUUCAGGACCCAGGCCAGCUCGCCUCCGAGCAAGCUGGGUUCACGGCGGACGACCAGGGCCGAGUCUUCCUUUUGGCCAGCGAGCAAAACGCCAUCUACUACGUGCAGACGGACCAGUCAAGGAUCACUGAGGAGGUAAACGGCGUCCCUGCUGGUGGGUCGGGUCCUGUCGCAGCGGAGAAUUACUACGUCAAGACGUUGGUGAGAAACGGACUGAUUCAGCAUGCAGACAGUGCUGCGAUCCUGAAUGGGUAUCUGUACUUCUGCACAAACCAACUGGAGCUGGGCCCAUCGAGGCAGUACAAUAGUUCAGACAACAGGAAGGGUCCCUUCAGGUCGUACAAACUGUUCAUCGGUGCUGGGCCGGCUGUUUAG